CAGGGGCGGACUGACCAUUUGGGAACUAGGGCACUGCCCAAGGGCCCGGGGUCAGUAGGGGGCCCCAUGAGAUGCCCCUGGUACCUUUUCAUAGGCUUUUUUGGGUGUGGUUUGAGUGUGGGCGAGGACACAGGGGCCCCAUGCUCCCCUGUUGCCCGGGGGCCCCAUGAGUUGUCAGUCCACCCCUGUUUUUUAGAUAAAGUUGAUCCAGGGAAUAUUUGAUUGCCUCUCGGGGGAUCAGGAUGGCAUU